UGUGCGGAGGGAGGUGAGAGGGUUGGGUUCUGGGUGGUCGAUGGCGGGGUGCCUUGGGUGGGCGGCCGUGCGAGAUGUCCCAAAGAGGCGUCGGUGUCCCGGAGGGGAGCUUAUAAGGGAGCACGCCGUUGCGGCAGCUGUCUCGCGGGCCCGGCGCCCGUCACUGCUGGAGGGUGAAGUGAUGGGAGGCGGCGGGGGCCGUGUCGCGCGGGUUAAUAAUCAGCAGCGGGCGUGCGAAGGAGGAGGUGAAGGCAUGGCGCUGCUCGGUGCGGGUUACGCGGGGCGUCACUCGAGCGCGGGCGGCGGCCGUGACAGCGUAUUAUAGCGGAGGGCGCGGGCUCGUUGGAGGUUGGGUUGGGAUGGGAUGGGAUGGGUUGGGCAAGGCAGGGCAGGGCAGAGCAGGGCAACAGGGCCGGGCAGGACGUUGGCGGACAGACUGCCUGGAAGCACUGAAACGGUGCUGGCGGGUGUAAGCGGGCGGGACGAGGGCGGUGUGUGGGUGCCUUGUCUGUGCAUGCAGCAGCAGCAGCAGCAGCAGCAGCAGCCUCGGCGGGGCAGCUGCUGGGCCAUAUCGCGUCGCCUCAGAACUCAUUCACGACGGGUGCGGGCGGCGCGGGCAGCACAAAGCGCGACGAUGCAGCCGCCGGACAAAGCACAGAGCGCGGCCUUUGCAGCAUCCCGCUAUAGCAGGCCCGGCGGCGUGCUCCUGCCCCAAAUAGGACGCCACGGAGAGGACGGAAGGCGCGUUCUGCCCUCGAGCGCUCCCCUCCUCGCGCGCCCGGCAUCGCAGCGGCACGCCCACUCGGCGGGCGUCGUCGGCGCGCACAGCAUGCCGCCGCCGCAGAAUGCGCCCGUCCCUUGUCUCUAGCAUGCAGCGCAAUGCUCUCGUCGUUCGCCGGUCCAGAUGGCGCUGCCUGC